AUGAAUAUUUUAUUAACAAUAUUUUGGUUUCUAUUACCUAUUCCAGCUUCUAGCAUACAAUGUAUAAAUGGUGGUGAAUGGAUUGCACAUGCAUGCACAAUGGAUGCGCAAUGUGAACCGUAUAAAAUUAAAUCAACAGAUCGUGUUGCAUGUCUUGAUUCGGAAUGCUGCACAAUGCCAUGUUCAAAUAAUGGUACAUUUAUAGGAAAAGCAUGCGGUACAUCUUAUGAUUGCUUGCCAUCAACGGAAAAAGUUGCAUGCCUUUCUGGUGUAUGUUGCACUGUACCUCAGACAUGUCCAUAUGGUGGUGAAGUAAUUGGUUUGGAAUGUAAUAAUUCAAAAUCAUGCGAAUGCUUAGCACCGGGAGUUCCUGUAUUAUGCAUUCAAACUAUAUGUUGUGCUUAUCAAUCACCUAAUUAUUUUUAUUAUAGUCAAUUGAUAUAA